CAAUAUCAGGUAAGAUGCCCUCUCGAACAGACUCCCCUCUCAACAUCGCCAUCAUCGGCGCUGGUCUUGGUGGCCUUUCUGCGGCCGUGGGAUUGCGUCGUCAACACCACAUCGUCACGGUGUAUGAACGAUAUGACUUUGCUGGAGAGGUUGGUGCAUCGCUGAGUGCUGCAUCGAAUGGAUCGAGAUUUCUGCUGCAGUGGGGGGUUGAUAUUUCUGCUGCGAAGCCUGUGAUUUUGAAAAAGCUCAUCAUGCAUGAUUGGCAAACUGGACAGGUGCAGAAUACAUAUGGCCUGGGGGAUUACAAGGCCAAGUUUGGAAUUGACUAUAACAACUUCCAUCGCAUCGACAUUCACCAACAACUGCUCAAAACCGCCUUUGAUGCUCCUGGCGAUGGACCACCAUGUACUCUUAAAGUCAACCACAAAGCCAUCGAUAUAGAUGCAGAAAAGGGCAUCAUCCAGUUUGAAAAUGGAGCAUCAGCAUCGGCUGAUUUGAUCAUCGCUGCGGAUGGAAUUAGAUCUCAAUCCCGAGAACUCAUCGGCAUAACCCCCCAAGUCCAACGCUCUACCUCGUGCUGCUACAGAUGCAUCAUCAGCGCCCCCAAACUGCGCUCUCUCGGGCUCUCGGAUUACAUCAACAACGAAGCAAUCGAGUACUGGGGCGGGUUCGGCAUCGACAAGAUCGUCAUGUCGCCAUGCAGUAAUGGUGAGGUGGUGUCCUGUUACUGCUUCUAUCCGGCUGAGUAUAAUGAUCUGAGAGAGGAUGGGUGGAGUAUUUCUGCUACGCCGCAGCAGUUGGUGGAUACGUUUCCGGGGUUGGAUGAGAGGAUGAGAUUGUUGAUGCUGAAUGCGGAGGAUAUUAAGAUGUGGAGGUUGUAUAUGCAUCAGCCGUAUCCGUAUUGGGUCAAGGGGAGGGUGUGUCUACUGGGCGAUGCUGCACACCCCAUGAUGCCCGAUCAAUCGCAAGGCUCCUGCAUGGCUUUUGAAGAUGCCGGUGCGUUAGGCCUCAUCUUCCACAAGACUUUUCGUGAAGAAUACAGCAUCGGCGAUGGCCUCGCAUUGUAUGAGAAGCUACGCAAACCCCGAGCCACUCGCAUCCAGGAAGCCAGUUUCAAAGCCAGAGAGAAUCUCAACGAGCGCAUUGGAUGGAGUUCAUCAACUGACCAGCCUGGCAAACUGACCAUCGAAGAGGUCUGUGGAUAUGACAUGAUGGGGAAUUUGGAGGAGUUGAAGGCAAAGUUGUAAUUAACAUUCAGUUACAUUAUAUACAGAUCAGACGAAGACAACCCCCGGGAAAUGCGUAUAUCGCACACUCGCCCAGU